ACAUCUCAAUACCAACUCACACGUCUCGGAUAUUCUACAGUUGCCUGUUGUUACUGCUGCAGAGCGUUCUUCGAUUGUUUGAUUUGCAAGGGUUUGGGUCAAGUUGCAAAGGCUCAGCUCACAGUGCAGAAUUUUAGUGAUUGGGAAUCGGAUCGCGAUCAUAGUCUUUCCACGUUGACUCAUUACCGAAGUGUUUCAACGUUUGCAUCUGAAAACAUGUCGGCAUCUGACGGCCCAAUUCUUUUGACAAGGCUAUCCAAGCUUCCUGCAGCAGAUCUCUACUUUUUCGAAGAGAUUUAUUGCUCCAUGGGACAGCAGGAAGCAGCUAAAUGGUUGAACUCCAGGCCUCGGCUACGAGGGUCCAAUUCUGGUUCUUCAUCGCCCCUCCAUUCCAACCCGAGCAGCGCUUCGGUUAGCCGCGUGCAGUCAUCGGAUGGGAUGCAGCGGAAGCUCUUUCAGACUACAGGUGUCAACAGGGAAUGGAGCUCCUCAUGGAAGGGACAACCCUCCAAGUUGACUUCGGAAACACAGAUCACGGGAGAUGACAAAGUUGUGCAUGCGCACCACAAGACGGAGAUGGACGCGGAAUUUGCGCAUGCAGCGUCGAGAGGAGGGAACCAUGCGUGUCUGAUCUACACCGAUGCGGCACAUCUCAUACGAAACGAUGAAGACCACCACUAGGCACUUGUUGUGAUGAUGUCUUUGAGGAUCAGGAGUCCAGCUGAAGUGUAAAUAUCCUGUCACUUUGUUCUAGCACUGCGUGUUGAGUGUUUCAUUCCGCUAUGUUUCUCUUUUGUUGCUGCAUGGCAAUGCAGAAGCGAACAAGAUUCUCAGCGCAUGAAUGGGAUGCUAUUCUUUUUUCUCAAUAUAUUAAUUUUUGUGGAGUGAAUGAAUGAUUCGAAUAUU